AUGGGUACAGACGGAAUUUAUAUCGAUGCCCGCUCAGUACAGAUAUUUUACAGCUGUGUAGAACUUACAGGUGGUGAAGGAUUAUCGAACAUAGAGCAUGAACGAAUCCAUCGGAAUACAAAGCAAGCUACACGAAACUUACAUCCUUCAAAUUGUGGCUCAUGUUUUGUUCAUAGCGGUGACAUGUGGCGUUUUCUUUGUCACGAGGUAUACCGUGCCAACUCAUUGGAUAAACGACAAGCGACCGACCUGAAGAACUUUGACACGUAUUUCAUGAAAUCUCACACAAACUUCUUAUCUUGCUUGACUGUCUGGUGGGCAAACAGGUUACCUUUCAUAUCUAAUAAAAUAGUGAACACAUCCGAUUUAGGCAGCUUGCCUGAUGAAUACAGCGUGCAGCAAAUACUUCAUAUAUUUAAUAAAGCCUACAAAUUUGAGCAAGAACAGGCAGGGGAUAAUCAACAACCCUCAUUGUGGAAAGUUUAUUGGCGUGCGCAUAAAUUUGAAAUAGCUGCUGGAAUAAUAGCUCGUGUUCUUAGCUUUUUACUGAGUAUUGUGCCACCACUGUGCCUUACCGGUUAUACAAACUAUGCCACAGAGUACUAUUACAAUAAUGUGAAGAAGUAUUAUGGAGUAUAUGAGAGAAUGCUGCAGUUGUCCAGGUCAUCGGGUCAAUCAUUGGUUGGACAAACUAUUAAUAUGAUGUCUGUGGACGGCAUCGCCAUACAGUGGCUCUUCUUGUUUAACAAUUUUAUCAUCGCUAUUCCUGUACAAAUCUUGGCUGUAUCGUGUGUGCUUAUCUGGCACGUGGGAGUAGCCGGAAUCUUAGGAGUGUGUAUUGUCGUGGCGACGCUACCGUUGUUAUUUUGGAUUAGUACUAUGCAGAGUGGAUCACAGAAAUUGUGUCUAUCUUAUUCUGAUAUUCGUUUGAAAAUGACUAACGAGGUAUUACAAGGAAUGAAGCUUAUCAAAUUAUGUGGAUGGGAAGACAUGUUUACGUCACGUAUGAAUGAAGCACGACAACAGGAAAUGAAACAUAAGUCAAAUGUCGGAUUACAUUUUCUUUAUGCAACUGUCGUGUCACAAUGUGCGCCAAUCAUUGUUCCUGUCGUUAUAUUUGCUAUGCAUUCAUACCUCGAAACUGCGCCAUUAACACCAGAUGUGGUGUUUUCUGCGCUUGCGUUGACAAACUUGCUGCUGCAUCCCCUCUACUUCCUACCUAAUUUAUCAAAGUAUGUGGUGGAGGCAGUGACUAGUAACACCAGAGUUCAGUCAUAUUUAACAUUGCUGAACAUAAGUAGGUGUAGAAAUGAGUCAGAAGUCACUUUAAAUGAUACUGAAGAAGAUUACAUCGAUGAACAUUAUAAGAUGCAAAACGAUAUGAAUACCGUUAAUAGCAGAACGCCAUUGACUUCCUUUGCAUCAACCCGGAACUACUCAGCAACAAGUUCUUGUACGUCUUCCAGAAUAUGUUACGUACAGCCAGAUAUUGCAGUUGAAAUUAUCAAUGGUACAUUUUCGUGGACAGAAGACGCAUGUGAAUCAGUUCUGAAUAACAUUAAUGUAAAAAUUCGAACCGGUUCACUGAACAUUAUAGUAGGCGACGUUGGUUCUGGUAAAUCUUCCUUACUAUCAGCAAUUCUUGGAGAGCUGUACACAGUGUCUGGAAAAAUUAUUUUUCCUGGGAAUGACAAGAGUUUGGCUUACGUUGCCCAGGAAGGUUGGUUACAGAACGCAUCACUCAGAGACAAUAUACUGUUUGGGGAAGAGUAUUUACCUGAAAGGUACGAUGCAGUUAUCAGUGUAUGUGCAUUGAAAUUUGAUUUACAAAACAUACCUGGAGAUAAGAAAGAAAUUGGCGAGAAAGGUAUUAAUAUAAGUGGAGGACAGAAACAACGAAUUAGUCUUGCGAGGGCGCUGUACAGUAAUGUAAACACAGUAUUGCUGGAUGACCCCGUAUCAGCCCUGGAUGUACACGUGGCGGCUCACGUGAUGGAAAAGGCGAUUUUGCAAUUUUUACUUGAUGAGCAUCGUACAGUAGUUCUUGUUACCAAUCAAACUGAAUAUUUGGAACAUGCAAAUCAGAUUAUUGUCUUGAAAAAUGGGUUCAUAUCAUACAAAGGUGAUUUGAACGAAUUGCGAACACACGAGACGUGGCAGUCACUACACCACAAUGUUCCUAGGUGGAGGAAUAAAAGUAAAAAUAACACGAAAAUCCGGGCAGUACCACCAAGCGCACCCAAUAUGGCAACAUCAAACGUAAAUGCAUCUCUAAUUGUCGAGGAAGAACGCAAGACAGGGGGUGUGCCAUGGAACGUGAUUACUUCGUAUGCUAAAGCAAUGAAACUCUCACGUGUUGCUGUUAUUGUUGUUUGUUUUGUUCUACAACUUGCCGCAGUUGUUAUUAACAAUUUGAUAUUGUCAGCUUGGUCGACCGCUGGUCAGGAGAGCAUUACAGGAACACAGUAUGAACAGGAUUCGUUGGUCGACUACUACCUACCACGGUAUGCUACAGUGACAAUCAUAAUCAUUGUAAUGACGAUGCUAACCAAUACAUUUCAAGCUGUAUUCUCAUUGUCAGCGGCAAAAAGGCUUUUCAUGUUGAUGCUGCACAACGUCGGUCAUGCGCCGAUUCGGUUCUUCCAUACAACACCAGUGGGUCGAAUUCUUAAUAGAUUCUCCAACGAUACGAUGUCAGUGGAUUUAAAGCUGUGGAUUAUUCUUAAUGGAAUGAUGAGUGUCGGGGUGCAGCUUACAAGUACAUUCUUAGUGAAUAUGAUUAUUUCACCGUAUCUGAUUAUAAUUAUGGUGCUAAUAGUGCUGACAUUUUCGGUGUACAUUAACAGAAGUGUACGACUGCCAAGGUAA